AUGUAUUCAAACUAAUAAGCAUAAGGAUAUCCUCAUAUGUAAUCCCAAUAGUUACCAUAACCUCAGAUGUACCCUCCUCCAGCUAAUUCUUAACCAGUAUCUGCAACAACUCUAUAGCCUUUAGUUUCUAACUCUAAUUUAAAUCUUUGUCCUUAUCCUAGCUAAACAUUUUGCACUAAUUGCUAGCAAAACAUAACAACAGUUAUAACAAACCAAAGUGGAACUGGUACUUAUUAAUGUUGUUUUCUUUUACUUUUCUUUACAGGAUGUUUCUGCAUACCAUUCUGCAUUGAUAAUUGCAAGGAUAAAAUUCAUUCAUGUCCAAAAUGUGAAAGCUAAUUAGGGUAUUUUGAAUAUAAAUUAUGUUGA